AUGACUCAUCGGGAACGUCAUUCCUGGCGAGCGGCCAACUUGGUUUACAGUGACCAAAAGAUGACCCUAACAAGAGAGGGCCGACGAUCCGUGAGAAACUCGUCGGCGCUGACCUCGGAGUGCGCGAAGUCUGGGGGCGGCGUCACGGUGCGCGGAAACCGCUGUCACGGACAAUCUCUGCUUCCUCUUCGAGGAUUUGAUGGCGAAUCACGAGGAAGAGGGAUUAGAGGUCAGGGCCGAGGUUAUCCUUUUGGCAUUGUGCACUCUGCCUGUUUUUUUUCCAUCUGACAGCCUCUAUUUACUAGUAACUCAUUUUAUGAAAUUGUUUCUCACAAAGUCUUACCUUCUAUUCGUGAUUCCGGAUUUUUUUAGAUUUUCAGUAUGCAAAGAUCUUUUUGUUUCUAGGAAAAAUAUUUUUUUUAUUCAUGUACUUUUUGCCUGAAACUUUUAGAAAUUACUCUCCUGGAAAAAUCAAAAAAAUGUCUUUUUCAGAGUUUUUUUCUCCUUGUUUCAAAUUAACCUGUUUUAUGAAACUUUUUUUCGCAAUCAUAACCUGAAUGAGCUGUUUUUGAAACAUUAACUUCAGCACAAAAGCUGAGAUAAAUUUUCAAAAUGCACGGUUAGCAUCUCAACUUCAGAAAACGGAUAUCACUGGCUACAGCUAGAACUUCAAAAAUUUCACUACUUUUUUUCAAUUCCAUUUAUAUUAAUAAAUGAAAAAAACUUUUUUUACAGAACCUCACAGGCUUUUUUUCGAACCUAUGAAAAAAAUGCUCAUUUCUAACAGAUAAUUAUAUAAUUCUUUGCGCAGUUAUCUUUGUUUUUGCAGAUUCUCAGAAUCUUGAGAGAAAUGGAAGAGAAAGGAAAAAAAAACUGUUUUUCGUUGAGACGACGUUACUUUUCUCAUCACAAUAGGGUAAUUCAUUUUGCUCUCCUCUAUUAUUUGACGUUUUUUGCUUCAUCUAUCUUUUUGCCCACCUACACGAAAUUCUUCUCCAAUUUUUCAAUGGAAUCGUUUAUUUUGAUUGGUGCGUUUUGCUUGUUUUAAUAGCGUGUCUCGAUGCCAUAAAAACUCUUGAAUUUCAUCAAUAAAUUUUUUUAUCAUCCAUAAAAAUGAAAAAACCAAAAAAAAAAUUUUUGUUUGGUUUAUUUUUAAUCAAAGUAUUCAUAUUCUUGUCAUUUCAAAUAAAUGCGAUUUUAUUUUUGAUUCUCGGCGCAGCGUUGACUAUGCCAAACAAUCAAAAGUAGGCCUAUAACUUUAGUGAAAAAGUUUUUAAGUUUUCGGUCAUACAGUAUAAAAUUUUGUUGACCUCACAUAAUAACUUUCUCCUGUUCCAUUUAGAUAUCAAAUUUCAAUACUCCAAAAUGUUCAAAUUCAAAUCAACAUAGCAUCAAUGUACAAGCAGCUGUGGAGCGCUCACAUUUUCUGACCUGGUACAUUCUGUGAAUUUACGCAAUUUGCGGAUACAUUCCUGUUAACUCAUCUUCAAGAAAGCCGAAAAAAUUGGAAGUUUCAAAAAUUACAAGGCUAAAGCAAGCCUCUCGAUUGGUCCUAUAUGAUGCUUGAAGCAACCGAAAGCUUGUCACAACGAAGCCAAUUGCGGUUUUUAAGCCUAAUAAACGAAUAUCGUUUUUUUUCAGACAAAAAAUGUCAGGGAAAAUUUUACUGAAGGAAUGAAUAAGUUUAAACUAUUCAAACUGUCCUGCGUUUAGUUGUAACUUUUUUUUCUGCUUUUUGGACGAAAGUGAGAAGAGGGAAUGAUAUUUCCAAUUAACUUUUCGUUCCCGUAAUUUUGGAAUAUCAAGAAACGAGAGAGUUCUUAGCGUUAUACUCUCAAGUUUCUCAUUUUUUUUUUAAACAAGCUCUGAAAGUUAUCAGUUCUUAGUUUUUUUCAUCAAUUUCGAUUGAAACAAAAAAAGAAAAAGAAACCUUCUUUGUUUCAGGAAACAAACAUUUUAAAAAAAUUGUUGGAAAAAGAAAUAUUUAACUCAAGUCUUGGAAGUUUUGAAUGUUUAAGAGUUGCAAAAGCUUUCGAAACUUUGUUUCCCAAAGUUAUUAAAUAAUUAAUUUCUUUUCGAGCCAGCAAGAAAGGAAAUUAGAAUUGUAGGAUUUUUCUCAUGUAUCAAUUAUCAUGGAGUGACUCUCUCAACAAUUUUCGCAAAACUUCUAUUCCGGGAAUCCCGGUAUUUGUCGUUGCUCCAGUGUUUUGUUGGUCAAAUGGACGCGGUACAAAGGAGGUGUGGGCUUCUCGAGAUAUUUACUUUGGUGAAGCUGACCUGUCCGCAGUCCAGCCUCUUCAUGCGCGUACUAUUCGCUCAUUCCCCUUUUCUGACCAGUUAAAGGGGCGGCGCGUCAUCCGAUCGAUGGCUCCAGCACUCUCUCUUUAGCCUAUUCCCUCUCUUCCCUUUCCCACCAAGUUUUGCAAGAGUGA